AUGGUUGCUGGCCUGUUGACCAAGAUAACCACAACCAAUGAUCAGCAACAUCAACAUAACCAUCGGAGCAUUCCGCCAGUUGACAGCCCACGAGGCAUCAGUGCUCAGACCACCAGCGUGCUCGCCUUCCAUGGAAAAAACGUCCCAAGCAUUACUAUUCUGAGUUAUCUGAGCCGCAUACACAAGUACUGCCCAACCACUUAUGAAGUUUUCCUAAGCCUGCUAGUCUACUUCGACCGCAUGACCGAGAUGGCAAAUACAGGUUAUAUCCACAGCUUGCAACAAAGGUCCGAUCAAUACAGGAGCGGUGUGGGCCCACAUUCUUCUUCCUCACCCUCCUUCCCGUCUACGGUUACUUCAAACCGUCCCACUACACGCGAUUCUAUCGUCACGCCCCCCUCCUCCAUUCAGAUGCGGGCGCGAGACACCGAUCCACCCUCCCCAUCCCCGCCUUCCGCAAUAGAUUCACAGUCCAUCGUGCCUUCUAGAACUGCCCUGGAAACAUGUGAAGACGACAUACUCAGUCUCCCUCAUUACUUUGUGGUCGACAGUUUCAACAUCCACCGCCUAGUUAUCGCAGGUGUGACUUGUGCGAGCAAGUUUUUCUCUGAUGUCUUCUACACCAACUCUAGAUACGCCAAGGUUGGUGGCCUCCCUCUCCUCGAGCUUAACCAUCUUGAACUUCAAUUCCUCCUCCUAAAUGACUUCCGUCUUGCCGUUCCAGUUGAAGAGCUGGAAGCUUAUGGCACAAUGCUUGUUGAGUUCUAUGCGAGAGAAGUGGUAGCGCAACAGCAGCAACAACUGCCUCAGCAGCCACAGAGCCCUGGCGAGAGUCAAGACUCCUUCAGCAUGACAGGCCGCCGAGCGAAGGAGGGCCCUCAUAUCCAACGGUGUCCUAUCCGAGGGGAAUUCCUCGUGCAAGGAAAUGUUUCGCUAACCCCGACCCCUCCCUAA